AUGGGAUUCGUGCGCAGUGCAAAUGAUCCCACUGUCUACAAAAAAUAUCAAGGAGUUGAAGAUGUGCUUCUACUGUGUUUGUUGAGAGAAUUCAAGCAGAUUACGUUAAAGACUUUUGAAAUGAUGGAUUUGGGACUGAUGAGGUACUUCCUUGGCUUGGAAGUGAAGCAGUCGAAUGGUUCCUUGUUUGUAUCUCAAGGAAGAUAUGUUGAGGAUCUUCUAAGUAAAGCUGACAUGUUGCAUUGUAAACCCGUUGGCAGUCCGAUGAAUUCUAAUGAGAAGCUUCACUCACAAGACUGCUCAGGUGAUGCCAAUCCAUCAAAAUACAGGAUGCUAAUUAGAAGACUGCUCUACCUCACACACACUCGACCUGACAUCAUGCACGCUGUUUCGAUUGUGUCUCGUUUCAUGAAAACUCCAAGCAUGCAUCAUCUUGGAGCAGUAAAAUGA